AUGUACCCUGUCUCAAUCCCCUCGUUGAAUAGCUCACAUGAGGUCGGGAAGGAACAGCUAGUAGACCCGCUAUCCCUAGCAAAUGUCAUCCAAUAUCAAUCAACAUUUCUCCAUGGUACACAAAGUCACGUAAUAGAGCAUCGAAGUCUUUCUAGUAAAGAUCAAACUUCCAUGUCGUUCGAUAAUAAUGAUUUCCAAAGACACAACUCUGAUACUAAUCUGAGGCGGCGGAAAUCAAAGAAAGCAGCCUCAGAAUUGAAUAGGAAUUUCUCCACAGGCUCCAAGGCAUCCGGUUAUUCUUAUAAAGUUUCUAGGAGGAAACCAUUACACAACUACGAGCCAUCAUGGCGCAAACACUCAAAGAAACCAACAACGCAUCCCAAUUUUUCCACCAAGGAACAAUUGUAUCGAGUCAUUGAACGACUCAACCUGAAGGAUAGGCAGCUAGCAAUUUUCUCGCCACAUGGACCCAGUACUGCACCUGCUUGCAUUCUACAGUACGAAACGGAAGCCUAUAAAUCAAUUGUUCAACCUAAUCCGAAACUGAAAAAAAAGGUUAAACAACUCAGCUUUGAUAAAAACCAAGUUGCUGUUCUUUCUGUUGACUCUCAUGAGGCAAACUUGGAAAAGUACCAGAAAAUACUUAAUUAUCCCCUCCCCCCAAACCAGUGGAAGUGA